AGCGUUUGAAGCCAUCAUCACAUCUGGAAGUAUGUCGAGAAGCGGCAGUGCAGAUGAGAGCUGAGAGUAGAACCAGACUUCGAAUUAGGACUUCUACAGUUCGGGCAUUAGUGGCUCGCUCUUUCGAUUCCGGUCACUGUCUGUUUUUUGAAACUUGCACAGAGCCCCGAGGAGGAAGACGAGGAAUUGUGUGCAAUUUCAACUAAUUUAUCAGCAUUGAUAGCUUGAAUGCUGAGGAGCUGAGGUCAUCGAAAAUAAAUUGAGUCUGUGGAGCUCAGAACAACGAUGAAGGAGAAGGAAAGAGAGAAGGACGAGAAGGAGAAAGAUAGAGAGAAAGAGAGGGAGCGGGAUAAAAUACGGGAUAAGGAUAGGGAGCGAGAGAAGGAAAGGGAGAAAAUUCGCGAGAAGGAGAAGCUGAAGUCUAAAGAGAAAGAUCGAGAUUCCGAGAAGAAGAAGGAUAGGGCAAAGGACCCAGAGAAGGAAAAGGAUGGUAGAAUCAGAGAACACGACAGGGAUAGAGGGAAGGAACAUGAACGAGAAAAGGAGAGGGUGAAGGAUUUAGACAGAGAAAGGGAUAAGGAGAGAGACAGAGGUGGGGACAAGGACAAGAAAAAAGAGAAGGAUCGAUCUAAGAAAGACAGAGACAAAGAACGGGAGAAGGACAAAGAGCGAGAGAGGGAGAGAGAAAAAGUUGUAGAACGAGAGAAGCUCGGAGAGCGCGAGAAGGAGCGGGAGAAAGAUAGAGAGAAGGUCGCGGAGCGAGACAAAGAGAAGGAGAGUGUCGGUGAUAGAGAAAAAGAUCGGGAGAAGGUGGGUGAAGGGGAAAAGGAGCGAGACAAAGACAGGGACAAGGAUAGAGAACGAGAAAGGGAGAAGGAGAGAGAACGAGAGGAGAAGGAUCGUCAGAAGUCGCGAUUAAAGGAGAAAGACCGUGGAAGAGAUCAUGAACGGGACAGGGAUGGAAGAGAAAAAGAGCGAGAUCAUGAGCGAGAUAGAGAUAGAGAUCGAGAUGAGCGAGAUAGAGAUAGAGACCGAGAUGAGCGUGACAGAGAUCGACAAAAGGAGCGAGAUCAUGACCUGGAGACAAGGGAAAGAAAAAGAGAUGAUAAGUCUUCGAAGGACUCCUCUAAACCUCAGGCUUCUACCUCGGCCUUGGAAGAGCGCAUUGCCAAAAUGCGAGAGGAGAGACAAAGGGCGAACGCUGAGCAGAGGUCAUCUGCUAAGAAGCGCGACCCUCAGGAUGACAUUAUGUCAUGGGUGAACAAGAGUAGAAUGUUAGAGCAACAAAAGAAGCGAGAUGAAAUGGAGAAGGCAGCACGCAUGGCCAAGAUUCUGUCAGAGCAGGACGUUGAAGAGGAUGCCGACGAUAGUGGCGACGAACUAAGGAGUAGUGGAUAUGGAGGGAAGGAUCUGGCGGGUUUGAAGGUCAGGCAUGGCCUUGACAAAGUGAUGGAAGGAGGAGCUGUUGUUCUCACCCUGAAGGAUGUCAAUGUUCUUGACGGGGAUGACGUGAAUGAAGCCACGGACGAACUGGAAAAUAUUGAGAUGGCUCAACAAAUAGCUCGGGAGGACGCGUACAAAGCAGCCAAGAAGAAGACAGGAGUAUACGAAGACAAGUUCAACAACGACAUCAAUGCUGCUCCGAGAACAAUUUUACCGCAGUAUGAUGAUAUUGUCAAAGAUGAGGGAGUAGUAUUGGACGAAACCGGAGGAAUAAAUGAAGAGAGUAAAAAGAGACUAGAAGAGGCUCGGUUGAGACUGGAGGGUGUCUCUGCAAAAGUGUCGUUGCAUGGGAUUAUGAACAUCGCUUCAGAUUACUUCACCCAGGAAGAUAUGCUGCAAUUUAGAAAACCCAAGAAGAAGAAAAAGCUCCGCAAGAAAGACAAGUUAGACCUCGAUGAGCUUGAGGCUGAGGCAGUUGCAGCCGGGUUGGGAAGAGAUGAUCUUGGUUCAAGAAAUUCCGAGGCAAGACGGGAAAAGAAACAAUUGGAUGACCAGGCUCAAGCAGACGCUAGGAAAGCUGCCUAUGAUAAUGCCUUGAGGAAAGGCCAAGAUGCAUCCAGGAUACUCAAGGAAGAGAGCAUGCCUCAAGCGAUGGAUGUUGAUGAAACGGAAUUGCCUGUGUUUGGAGGAGAGGAAGAGGAUGAUCUUUAUAAAUCAUUAGACAAGGCUAGGCAGGCUGCUUUGAAGAAACAAAGGGAAGCAGGAGGUGGUCCGCAGGCAAUUGCUGCUCGACUGGUUGCUCUGAGUGAACAAAGUGCACAACCUAGUCAACCUGUACCCGGAUCGGACAUUGAGGACAACCGUCUUGUAUUCACGGACACUGGUGAAUUUUGUCGAAGCUUGCAAUUAGAUGAUGUAAUCAUCCGAAGAGCUGGAGCGAAAGAUGCUUUUGGAGAGGAGGAUGAGGAAGCUCCUCCCGAGGAAAUGGAGGAAGACACAUCUAAGGCUGCCGGAGGAUGGACAGAGGUGUCAGAACUUGACAAGAUACAUCCUUCCGUUGAAGAGGAGGACGAUUCAACCGGAGGAGUAGAAGAGCCCAUAACAGAGGUUUCCGUGGGUAAAGGUUUAGCAGGCGCACUAAGUUUGUUGAAGGAGAGAGGAACUCUUAAAGAAACCGUAGAUUGGGGAGGUCGAAAUAUGGACAAGAAGCGGAGCAAGCUCGUUGGGAUUGUAGAUGAAUCCAACAAUCAAGUGGGCCAGAGAGACAUCCUACUAGAUCGAGUUGAUGAAUUUGGACGGACGAUGACGCCCAAGGAAGCAUUCCGGAAACUUUCACACAAGUUUCAUGGUAAAGGACCUGGCAAGAUGAAGCAAGAGAAGAGAAUGAAGCAGUGGCAAGAAGAGUUGAGAUUGAAGCAGAUGAACUCUGGUGAUACUCCACUGAUGUCCAUGGAGAAGAUGCGUGAGGCUCAAGCGAAGAUGCACACUCCAUAUAUUGUCAUCAGUGGACACAUCAAACCAGGGCAAACAAGCGAUCCAAGAAGUGGAUUUGCUACAGUUGAGAAAGAACCUAUCGGCAGUCUUACUCCUAUGUUGGGGGACAAAGUUGGGAGUCUUACACCUAUGCUAGGUGAUAAGAAGGUCGAACAUUUUUUGGGAAUUAAACGCAAAGCCGAUACAGGUAGUAUGGGGCCGCCUCCUCCCAAACAGCCUAAGGUGGAUCGCCAGUGAAUUAUUAACUCUUCUGAUGUCCUCUUCACUGCAAACAGCCGAAGGUAACUGCCUUUGUCGGUUCCUUCCUGAGAGAUCAAGGUGAUAUCUUCUAAGGCGCCGUUCAUCAAGAUCUUCACCAAUGCAAGAUGGGUUCAGGAUUAACCAGAGGGUGGCUAUUUGGUUAUGCAUUGCUGCUACCAACAAACUAGGAGCUUCCAGCUUUAAUCAGGGCUGCACAUCCUUAGCAUGUUUUUGUGCAGUUAAAGGUGAAAGGGGAUUAUCUUUCAGCUAUGUGGACUCAUGGUGCUAACUUCCGAUCCAAUUCUUGCAAUGUAACCUGUAAAUGGUUCGAGUCUCAGGGGUCAGUGUUUGUCAAAUGCAUCUAGCUAAUGCAUCAUCAUUACAUGAAAACAAUCUGGUCCUUAUACAGUUGUGGAUCAUUCCUUCUGUAAUUUCUACGCUCCUCCACAUUAUUCAAGCUACAUUUUCAGUCGGGCAGUUUGUGAGUCAUGCACCAUUAUGUUAUUGCUAGAACAAUUCAGCGCGAAUGUUUUUGCCGUUGGAACCGGGACCGUGAAAGAAACUAUAUGAACAAUGUGGUGAAAGGAUAUUUGUUUAUACCUGGAAAACAUUUAUGGGAGUUACUCUUUGUACUAGAGGGAAUCGUUUCCCACGUGGUAUGUUCUCUGCUCUGUUUCUCCCAUAUUCGGGAGCUACUUCACUACCUUCUUCAAGAUGGGGUGAGCUUUUUUGAAGUUCUCAAACGAGUGAGCAAUAUGUAGGGUUUGUAGGUCUUUCUGGACUUCAUUGAAAUCCGCCUAUUCGAAGUGUAGCGAACAUUCUGGACCAGCGACUACAUCAAGAGGAAUUUCGUGGGACAGCUGUCUUAAGAAUUGGGAAUGAGACUGUAGCACCUUCCAAGAUACUUCUUAACAUGAGAUUCUGACUCAAAUCUCAUUCUCUGCGAAGUCGUGAGCAUAGUACAAUCCCGUGUGCACGUAAAUCCCAGUUUAACUGUUGACAGGAGGAAGAUUGACCUAGAUAUGUGGAAAUUGUGUCGAGCGUGGGAACGGUAACAACGGCGUCAG